ACAACACGGAUUGGUUUGUCAGUGACCAACCAAAUGACUAAUUCCGAAUACAGAAAUCAAAUCGGUUAAUUAUGCGAGAGGUAGAGAGCGCGAGCCAUAAGCUAUACGCGCGCGAGAACGGACACUGGACAUGAAUGAUACUGUGAGGAAGGAGAGAUGGAGCAAUAUACAACUACAACCGGGGAUCAGAUAGUGGUGCAAGCUGCCAAUGGACAAAUCCAGCAGCAGGCUCAGGGCACCGUAACUGCAGUACAGCUGCAAACAGAAACACCUGUCGUUACGGCAACAGGCCAGCAAGUGCAGACGCUCCAGGUAGUCCAGGGUCAGCCAUUGAUGGUCCAGGUGAGUGGCGGGCAGCUGAUUACAUCCUCUGGUCAGCCCAUCAUGGUACAGGCCAUGUCUGGAGCUCAGGGCCAGACCAUCAUGCAGUUGCCUGUGUCUGGAGCUCAAGGCCUUCAGCAGAUCCAGUUGGUUCAGCCGGGUCAGAUUCAGUUGCAGGGAGGUCAAACUCUGCAGCUGCAGGGUCAGCAGGGUCAGACUCAACAGUUCAUCAUACAGCAGCCCCAGACUGCCAUUACCGCCGGCCAGAACCAGGGGCAGCAGAUAACAUUACAAGGACAGCAGGUUGCCCAAACAGCUGAAGGACAGACCAUUGUAUACCAGCCUGUGAACGCUGAUGGCACAGUUCUGCAGCAGGGCAUGAUCACCAUCCCAGCAGGCUCCCUGGCAGGCACUCAGAUUGUCCAGGCAGCAGGGGCUAACACCUCCACAACCAACAGCGGGCAGGGCACAGUCACCGUUACCUUGCCAGUAUCCGGAAACAUGGUGAACACUGGGGGAAUGGUCAUGGUAAGACCUCCUGAUGAGAUGAUGCCGGGUGGUGGUACUGUGCCAGCCAUCCAACGAAUCCCUCUGCCAGGAGCCGAGAUGCUCGAAGAGGAGCCGCUUUAUGUUAAUGCCAAGCAAUAUCAUCGUAUCUUAAAGAGACGGCAAGCUCGUGCCAAGCUGGAGGCAGAGGGCAAAAUCCCUAAAGAAAGAAGGAAAUACCUUCACGAGUCACGUCACAAACACGCCAUGCAGCGGAAGCGCGGUGACGGGGGGCGCUUCUUCUCACCUAAAGAGAAAGAAGAAAUGGCCUUGGCCAUGCAGGUGAGAGCGCAGGGCCAUGUCAAGCAGGAAGACCUCUGCAAUGCCACCGAACUUGCGAGCGCACAUUGGCUGUCCGAGCACACUCCGCCCCUCGCUUAGACGCUCAUCUCCGCUUAGCAGAUGCAUUCUCACUCCUUUCCCGGUGUGACAUGCUGUCAUUGGCUGCUCUUGCACGCAUCACCUCCUGCUUUUUCCUGUGCUUGUUGGCUGCUUGAGUCUGUCCCAUCAUGUCUCAUUGCUAGUUAAGCAUUCGUGCGAACAGACUGCAUGAUCUGCAAAAUCUGCCGUGUGGUAUUUUAUGACCUGCCUGUCUGAACUUGGAUUUCUGCAAUAUUUAACAAGAAAAAGAUCAUCUCUUCACAGUCAUGACAUAAUCACGAUGAAAACACUGAUAUUCCUCGCAUACUGAUGCAGCUCUUCCGAAUUGCUGAUGCAAUGUGACUGACUUUGUCAUGUGACCGUUUCUGUUUGAUCUAAGCACCAUUAUUAACAGCAUGGAGGUUAAAGAAAGCAUGAAUGCUCAGUUUGCCAAGCUCAAUCAUGAAAUCACUGCCUGAAAAUGAUUUUUUUUUUUUUGAGGAACCAGUUUAAAAGAAAUGAGAUUUGUUUGAAAUGUAUAUAUUUUAUGUUGUUUUGUUUACUACAUUUUUUUUUAGGAAGAAUUUGUUUUGUUUGGUGGAUACUGUCCUUUCUUGAUUGGCUUAACCUGUGCAGUGUCGUCACUGUGUUCAUUUUUGUCGCAUGUUGUGAUUUUUAUGCUGAAUAAACAUUCUGACUGACUUCCAAAA